AGAUCGACUUAUUUGCCGAAAAAUUUCAUUCCUCUCACGUUCAUACUAUUUUGAUAAUAUGACAACCCCUUUAAAUCUUUAUUUAUGUUUAGAAGAUUCGCCGAAUUUUCGAAAAGAAUUGUCUGAAAGCGAAAAUUCAAUUUUUGGACUAGAAACUACCAUAAAAAGUCUUGUCAAGUUGACGAGAGCCAGUGUUGAACUUGCUUCAGAAUAUACGGCUAAACAACUUCAAUUCGCUGAGGAACUUGGAAAUUUUGCAAAACGACAACCUGAUUCACUUAUCAAAACAAUCUUAUCAAAAUAUGCAAAUUCAAUUCAAGAGGUUGAAAGAAGUCGAAAAAUUCUUCAAUCGCAUAUGUAUAGCAUGUUCAUUGAACCGUUAGAAGCAUUUGCUAAGAAUGGAAUAAUACCAUUAAAGGAAAUGAAAAAAGUUGCGGAAAAAGCAAGUUAUGAUGCUGAUUCGGCGCUUGCUAAGUAUAUGAGUAAACGACCUCGAGAUACAGGAAUUUCUGAGGCAUCUCUGGAAGUUUCAGAAACUCGUAAAGAAUUUCAUAAUCGAUAUCUCGAUUAUGUAAUAAAAAUAAAUGAAUUGGAAGCAAAGAAAAAAUUUGAAUUUAUGGAAUAUAUUUUGGCUAUAAUGUUUACGGAAUCAUCAUUUUAUCAUCAAAGCUACGAAAUAUUGAAGGAUAUGGAACCUCAUAUGAAAGACGUUACAAGAUUGCUUCAUGAGGCGAGAGCAAAAUUUAAUGAUGAUAUUCAAGAAUCACAACAUUCAAAGAAUUCGAUUAUAGAGAAAGCCAAAGAAACAUAUAAUCCAUUAUAUUCUUAUAAAAAAUCUCCUGAAGACGUAACUUUAGGCGUGAAUUCUUCUAUAGCAAAAUCUGGGUAUCUAUUUAUAAAAGGAAAUCAACGAGUUAUGCAAACAUGGACUCGUAGAUAUUUCUUCAUUUUAGAUGGACAAUUGAAUUAUAUUGAUAGAGGGGGAAGGAUUUCAAAGGACGAUGAUGAGAUGGAAUCGAUAACAUUACGCCUUUGUCAUAUUAAACCUGUUAACAGUACAGAUAGACGCUUUUGUUUUGAGGUAAUAUCUCCAAAUAGAACAUAUGUGUUGCAAGCUGAAAACCAAGAAGAAAUGAGAGAUUGGAUUUAUUGCUUACAAACAACAGCACAAGAUGCAAUAUAUUCUCACCAAAGUACAAUGUUUAACGCAAAUAGUUCAGAUCAGUUUCAAGAUGUAUCAAGAGAUGAACUUGUUAAUAAUCAUGAUCGAAUAAAUAACGAAAGUUUGAAUAGAACAGAGAAAUCUAUGUCCCGGAUAAAAAAUUUGCCGGGAAAUGAUAUUUGCGCUGAUUGUAAAUCAAAAGGUAAAAUAAUCUCAUUCAAACCUUUUUAUUAUAAACUAACAAUGAGGUUUCUCUUUCAUUCUUCAGAUCCACGGUGGGCGAGUACAAAUUUUGGUACUUUACUAUGUAUAGAAUGUUCUGGAAUUCAUCGCAGUUUGGGUGUUCAUGUUAGUAAGGUUAGAUCAUUAAUGUUGGACAAAUGGGAACCGGAGUCACUUGGAGUUAUGCUUAAAUUAGGAAACUCUAAAACAAGUUCAAUAUAUGAAGCAAAACUUGUGGGCAAUAAUGAAAUUAUCAUGAAGAAUCCUUCUUGGGAAAGAUCAGAGAAGGAAAAGUUCAUUAUAGACAAAUAUGUUAGAAAAAUGUUUAUAGUUUCUGAAGAGGACGAAAGUAAUGAUACAGUUGAUUUGGGAUUUUGGAAAGCUAUAUGUGAAUCGGAUCUCUAUGAAGCUUUAAGAUAUUUAUCACUUGGAGCCAAUGUAGAUUGGAAAAACAAAGAGAUAAAUUCCACUACAGCACUACAUCAAGCAAUAUUAAGGAAUGAUGAUGUUUCAGUAGAAUUUUUACUUCAAUGGCUUUGUAAUAUAAAUGAAGCAGAUAAUGAUGGAUGGAGUGGACUUCAUCAUGCCGCAGCAACAAAUAAUUCUAGAUUAUUGUUAACUCUAAUGAAAAGACAUGCUGACAUUAAUUUAAAAGAUAAAAAUGGAAAGAUUCCGGUUGAUAUUGCAGUUGAAUUACAGCAUGUACAAGCUGUAACAGCAUUAAGGUUAUUUAAUUUUGAAAAUGAGUUAACUAGGACACAGUAUUCUACAUUUGGAGUAGAUGAAGCAUUGACAAGUAUUAACAAACCACCAUAUAUUUCACACAGUACUACAUCAAGUAUAGAUUUAAGAUUUCCAGUUACAACAAAAAUAACGAAUAACAAUGAUCAAGAUAAAAGCAUACCUACAUCAUUAUCAUCAUCACCAAUAACUAAAUCAGGUUUAUUAAAUAUGGAUGAUGCUGAACUUAUCAGCAAAAGCAUUAUUGGUGAUGAAUUUUUCAAUAAUAUACAAGAAACAGGAGUUAAUUUUGGAAUUUCCAAUUUAGUUACUUCUAAAUUUUCUUUAGCCUCUUUGAAAUUACCUAAUUUUGGAAAUAUACAAAAAGAAAAUGAAACUGAAGAGGAAAAUAAGUAAUAGACUAAAGUAUAUUUCUAUAAAUAUUAUUUUAUUAAUAGAAUAUUUAUAUUUUAAUAAUACUGUAUUAAUAAUACUUAGCAGAUUGUUAUCAAUUCUUAUUUUUUUUACCUUUUAAUUAUAGUAUUAUAAGAUUUUACUUCUAAUAGAGAUUAUAGUAAAUGUAAGAUAAAAUUUACAAUUAUGUAAAACACUUGAUUUUAUUAUAUAUAAAUAAAUUUAUAAUAGAAUUCUGCUUACUUA